AUGUUGGGGCGGAGCGCAUUCCCGGGAUUAUAUCCGCCGGUGCGAGGUCGGGGAGCGGCUGAUUUUGGGUUGCGCCCAGAGAUGCUGGAUAUGGAAGUGAACGUCGACCCGUCGGAGGUGCAGCCGCUGGGAGAGUAUGACUUUGAGAAGAACUUCAAUUUGACGGCAACUAGGAGCUGGAUGAUAGAAAAUCGGCACAAGUCUUUAAUUUUUGGUGCUAUUUAUUUGAUCCUGGUCUUUGGAAUCCAGCAUUUCAUGAAGGAACGGAGAGCCUUCCACCUGCGGACACCACUGACCCUGUGGUCCUUCAGUCUGACCUUGUUCAGUGUCAUUGCAGCCUCACGGGUCUGGAAGCAAAUGGCCUUCCUCCUUCUUAACAAGGGAUUUAAGCAAUCAGUGUGUAGUCAAUCUGUCUACGUUCACCCUGUCUCCAGGCUUUGGAUGCAUUUAUUUGCAGUGAGCAAACUUGUGGAACUGGGUGACACUGUGUUCAUUGUUCUCCGGAAAAAGAAGCUCAUCUUUCUCCACUGGUAUCACCAUUUAACCACAGCAGUUGUAGGCUGGUAUAGCCAUAAUGAUCUGGUGGCUGGUGUUGGAUGGGUUGCAGCCUUGAACUUCAGUGUCCAUGGUCUCACAUAUGCCUACUACACUGUGACAGCCAUGGGCAUCCGGGUACCCAAGUCCAUCGCCAUAACAAUCACCACUUCACAAAUGGUGCAGAUGACGGGAUUUUUAAUAAUGAACAUCUUUAUCUUCUUCUGGAAGGAUGAUAAGGUCUGCCACACCACCUGGCCACUGCUUCUCGCUACAACUUGGAUUUAUAUCACUUUUUUGGUACUCUUUGUCAACUACUUCUCCAAAACUUAUCUGAGUGGCACCUGGAAAUCAAAGGGGGAGUAAAACCAGGGACAGAAGAAGAGACUGGGGUGGAGGUGGGGAGAGAGGGAAAGGGGAAACUUUUCACUUCUGCCUGGAUCUCAGGUGCCUAAUGGGAUGGGUGUGAUGAGGGUUAGGAAGAGAUCACUGUGGAUAACAGCCUUCAGAUUAACUUGUGCAUUGACCUUCGGUGUGUCUGCCUUGCAUUGGGGGGCAUGCCAGAGUGAGGUGCGAGUCAUUCCAGUCUGGUAACAGGAGAAGGGGGAAGUACCUGGGGGCUGGAGACCUUGGAGCUGUGGUUCUGCUUUUUCCUCUUUGUGUCACUUGGGUUUACCUUGUGCCU